AUGCCGGCCGAUGCGCUAUGGACAUUCGCAAUGGCAUGCAACGUCUACCUAACAUUCUUCCACAAAUACAACUCCGAGCAACUACGCCGGCUCGAAUGGAAAUAUGUUCUCUGUUGUUACGGUGUUCCAUUCGUCCCAGCUUUCGCAUACUUCUUUAUCCAGACCCAGACUCGAGGCCGGAUAUACGGCUCUGCCAUACUCUGGUGUUGGAUCUCUGCACAGUGGGGCUUCCUCCGUAUCGCCACCUUCUACGGACCAGUCUGGCUCAUCAUCUCAAUGACCUUCGCCAUCUACCUACGAGCAGGAACAGUGAUUUACCAGAAACGACGUCAGCUUCGAAACCUCGGCGGCAUCGACUCGGACCUUGCCCCAGAAUCUCCUUUUGCUAUGUUAACCGGCAUCCAAGUUACCCGGGAGAUUGCCUGUUCUACUCCAGAACGCCGGUCCUUGUCGGAAGGCAACGCGCGCGGGUUGCCAUGUGCUACAUUCAGAGCAUACUCGGUCACGAUUGAGGGUGGGGGUGGUACCGCCGGCACAAUUCAAGGUUCCAGCUCAAAAAUCAGUCCAAGUCCUCUUCAGCAGGAGAAUUCUGGGAAGAUCGCGCGGCCGGAGGGACUAGAUUCACAGCGGAGGUCGAAUUCCACGGAAGCUAGUUCGGCUACUUGGGCGUAUACGAAAUAUGCCAUGCUGUUUUUUAUUGCAUUGCUUGUUACAUGGGUAGGUCUGGUCACAUUUUAUUAUAGUUUGGAAAUCGGUGUCGGCUCCUUUCGUGUGUUGAUUGUUCGACAUUGCAGGUCCCCUCGACGAUAA